AUGUCUUUUGCUACCAACCAAAUUAUUAUUUGCGUCUGUCUUCUCAUGACAAAUAUCAACUGCGCCUAUAACCAAUAUGGAGGGCCAUACUAUGCGUCGCAAGGUAAUAAUCUGAACACUGCGCGAUUAUACAACAAUGGUGGAUUAAAUCCAGUUGUACCAUCACGAGUCGAUUUUGAUGUGGACUUUCAUGUAACGGGCCAACCACAUGUUAAUGCACGUGAAAAUGUUAGCGCGUUUCCAGUGACUGUCGACGGACGCGUGAAUUUUCAUGCUUCUGAGGGUUUAGGAUACGAUGGUCAGAAUCAUUAUCAGUAUCCGCCACCAUUACCGGUUCCUGGUCCUACCACUUAUAAUUAUAUGCCGUAUGGACCACCACCUAUUCCAAUGCAUACUGGAUACGCGUACCAACAACCACCAGUAUACCCGCCAAAUGUGUAUCAACCGGGAGGUAUGGCUGGGUUUCAUGCACAUGAGCAAAUGCCACCGUAUAAUGGAAACAUGAACUACAGACCGAUGAAUGCCGAUCAACAGCAGGACCAACCAAUGGCUGAUGGUAAUAUCGGUACCUCAAUGGUCAGAGGCAUAGCACAAGGACUGCAAUCGCUUGCUAGAAUGGUAUACCAACAACAAGAGAGGUAUAGGAAUGCGGUAUCAUCACUUGAUGGUAACUCAAUGAUCAGAGGCAUAGCACAAAGACUGCAAUCGUUUGCUAGAAUGGUAUACCAACAACAAGAGAGGUAUAGGAAUGCGGUAUCAUCACUUGAUGGUAACGUUGGUGGUAACGUGGAUGAUAACGUGGAUGGUAACGUGGAUGGUAACGUUGGUCGAGAUGCUACUACAGUAGAUGAAACUGGUGGACUGCGAGGCGAUUUAUCUAAUCUAUACGUUUUUGAACGAACGCCAUUAGUACAGACAAACACGAU